AUGGCUGCUGCUGCCACUGUGCCCGCCAUGGCUGCCAACAUGCCCACUCAGGAGCAGACUACUCAGACCCCUCCUCAGCAGGAUGUGCGCCCUGACCUGCCGCGUCCUUACAAGUGCCCUCUGUGUGACAAGGCCUUCCACCGCCUCGAGCACCAGACUCGUCACAUCCGCACUCACACCGGCGAGAAGCCGCACGCCUGCCAGUUCCCGGGCUGCACAAAGCGCUUCAGCCGUUCCGAUGAGCUGACUCGUCAUUCGCGCAUCCACAACAACCCCAACUCGAGACGUGGCAACAAGCAACAUGCCGCCGCCGCUGCUGCAGCUGCCGCUGCCGCCGCCGCCGCUCAAGCCGGAAUUAUGGAUCAGGCCCAGCACCAGCUCUCAUCGCCCAACGUCUCUCCCCCUCAUUCUUACGCCAGUGCAUACACAAGCAACCCUGGCUCUUACUUGACGCGCAAUGUGAGCGGCGAUCUCAGCCCCGCUGGCCUUAAUCACCCCAUGGACAUCAACCUCUUGGCCACCGCUGCCUCGCAAGUCGAGCGCGAAAACUCGCUUCCCUCGCAUCAUCUGGGUCUUGCCAGCAGACACACAUAUGGCACCCACCCUUACAGCCACCACCCUUACUCGACUGGCCGCCUUCCUUCCCUCUCGGCUUAUCACUACGGUUCCAACCCCACUUCUCAGCCCAUGUCGCGCUCGCACUCGCACGAGGAUGAUGACCCUUACUCUCACCGCAUGACCAAGAAGUCGCGUCCUGGCUCUCCUCAGUCAACUGCGCCACCAUCUCCAUCGUUCUCUCACGAGUCUACCUCGCCAACUCCCGACCACACUCCUUUGGCUACUCCUUCUCAUUCUCCUCGGCUUCGUCCGCAGUAUUUCCAUAACGGUGUGCAACUCCCCACACUCCACCACCUCUCCCUCCAGCACCAACCGCCUCCGGCCCUUGCCCCUGUUGAGCCGUCCGCUGACGGUCAACAGCCGUACAUUCCGACGCACCACAGCGGCCUACGCAUCAGUGAGAUCAUGGAACGCGAAGACGGAGCUCAACGAAAGCUGCCCAUCCCCAUGGUGCCGUCAGCCGUCAAAGUCAACGAUCUGCUCAAUAACACCAACGGCUUUAGCAGCGGCCAGUCCAGUACUACCGGCAGUAUAGCUGGCGACAACUCGAAUUAA